AUGACGAAUUGCAAGGCAGCUUCAACUCCUAUGUCAAGUACAGAUAAGUUGUCCAAGACUCAAGGAUCACCUCUCUCUGAAACUGCCAUUCUCAUGUAUAGAAGCACUGUUGGGGCACUUCAGUAUUUAACUCUCACAUCGCCAGAUAUCUCAUAUGCCGCAACCUUCUCACAUGGCCUCUUCAUUCGGAAGUCAAGCUCCAGGCUUCUCAGUGCCUUUUAUGAUGCUAAUUGGGCAGGAUGUCCUGAUAACCGUCGCUCAACUAGUGGUUUUGUAGUUUAUCUUGGUCCCAACUUGAUAUCAUGGAGUUCUAGGAAGCAACCAACAGUUUCUCGCUCAAGUACAGAAGUUGAGUACAAAGCACUUGCAAAUGCCAUGGCUGAAUUAGUAUAG